CUUUAUCUGCCCUCUGUAUAGUCGCAAGCCUGCUGUCUGGACCGUAGCCUAACUCUGUCACGUGCCACCUCACGCCACUUUCUAGAACCAUCUCCGAGCUGCGAGGUGCUCCUGGAUGCCCCUCAACCCAGGUCGCAAUCGUUCACCAUGCAGGACGCAUAUGCAAUUUUCACUUAUAUAAGGACCCGUCCCCUACCUCCCCCUUUCUCUUUCCUCACUUGCACAAAUUACGAUUACACACAUACAUAAUGGAUGAAUCACAAUUUACAGAUCACGCCUUGGCGAUUGUUACCGAGGCGCAGAAGCUCGCACAGGAACAUGCGCACGCGCAGUUAACGCCGCUCCACUUUCUUGCGGCGAUGGUGCCUACCGCAGCGGACGAACCGUCAUACCUCCAAACGCUCGUGGAAAAGGCACGUGGCAGCUGGCCGGACCUCCAGAAAGCGGUGAACCGGCAUUUGGUGCGGAUUCCGUCACAGAGUCCAGCUCCGUCGGAGGUGCGCCCGUCACAUGCCGCGGGCCAGAUUCUCACCUCUGCGGUGAAAAUCAAGUCCCAACAAAAGGACUCGUUUGUGGCGCAGGACCACAUCUUUUUGGCGCUUCUUGAAGAUGCCUCCAUCAAGGCUGUCCUUAAGGACGCGCAGCUCAAUCCAGAAACACUCAAGGGCCAGGCGUUGGAAUUGCGGGGCAAUCAGCGCAUCGACUCGCGCCAGGCAGACUCUUCGCAGAAGGCGGAGUUCUUGGCCAAAUACGCGAUGGAUAUGACGGAGCAGGCUCGCAUGGGUAAGAUUGAUCCUGUGAUUGGGCGUGAGGAGGAGAUCCGGCGCGCGAUCCGCGUGUUGGCGCGGCGCACGAAGUCUAAUCCCGUGCUCAUCGGGGAUCCCGGUGUGGGUAAGACCUCGAUUGUUGAAGGAGUGGCCCAGCGGAUCAUUGACGGGGACGUUCCCAAUGUUCUUGCGGGAUGCAGGCUCUUCUCGCUUGAUCUCGGGGCGCUCAAAGCCGGGGCCAAGUACCAGGGUGAGUUUGAGGAGCGCGUAAAGGGUGUGUUGAACGAUAUUGAGCAGUCCAAGUCGAUGAUUAUCCUUUUCAUCGACGAGAUCCACAUGUUGAUGGGCGAUGGUAAGUCCGAUGCCGCAAACUUGCUCAAGCCAAUGCUCGCCCGAGGGUCGCUCCACUGUAUCGGCGCAACCACCGUGACUGAAUACCGCAAGCAUGUCGAGAAGGACGCCGCGUUCGAGCGUCGGUUCCAGAAAAUUGACGUGAGAGAGCCAACCAUCAGAGAGACGGUAGCCAUUUUAAGAGGUUUACAGCCAAAGUACGAGAUCCACCAUGGGGUGCGUAUCCUCGACUCCGCGCUCGUGACUGCGGCGCAGCUUGCGUCGCGCUAUUUAACCACCAGAAAGUUGCCUGAUUCCGCCGUUGACUUGAUCGACGAGGCUGCGGCCGCGGUGGCUGUUGCACGCGACUCCAAGCCAGAAGAGCUCGACUCCCUUGAGAGACAGGCUCAGCUUUUGAACGUGGAGAUUAAGGCGCUUGAAAGAGACGCUGACGCAGAUUCCUCGACCAAGGAGCGCUUGGACCAGGCUCGCCGCCGUGUUGCGAGCUUGGAGGAGGAACUCCGUCCGUUGCGCGAACGCUUUGCGCAGGAGACCAAGGGCCACGAGGAGCUCACGGCGUUGAAGCGGAAGUUGGACGAGUUGGAAAUCAAGGCGCAGGACGCGGAGAGGCGCAACGACACGCUGACGGCUGCCGAUUUACGCUACUUCGCGAUCCCAGAAUUGAAGGAACAUAUCGCACGCUGCGAGGCACAGGUCGCGGCGGAGGAUGCAGACGUCUCCGGUGAUAAAAUGGUACAGAAUGUCGUAGGUGCCGACCAGAUUGCAGAAACCGCUGCUCGUCUCACGGGGAUCCCUGUUUCCAAGCUCACCCAGGCUGAAAACGCCAAGUUGAUCACGAUGGAACGCGAGCUUUCCUCCGCGGUAGUCGGGCAGAGCGAGGCCGUGCGUGCGGUGUCCAAUGCCAUCAGACUCUCCCGUUCCGGUCUUUCAAACCCGAACCAGCCGUCGUCGUUCUUGUUCCUCGGCUUGUCGGGGUCCGGUAAGACGGAGCUUGCGAAGAAGGUGGCCGAUUUCCUCUUUGCGGACGAAAAAGCGAUCAUCCGGAUCGACUGUUCUGAGCUCAGCGACAAGGCGUCCGCGUCAAAGUUGUUGGGUGCUGCACCGGGCUACAUUGGUUAUGAGGAAGGUGGGAUCUUGACCGAGGCCUUGUUGCGCAAGCCAUACUCGGUAGUGCUCUUUGACGAGGUGGAAAAGGCUGCGCCAGAGGUGCUCACCGUUUUGCUCCAGAUCUUGGACGACGGGAGAGUCACUUCUUCCGCGGGUAAGUUGGUCAACUGCUCAAACUCCAUCUUCAUCAUGACGUCGAACUUGGGUGCGCAGUACAUCAACGCCGCGUCGGGCGCGAAGGUCUCGGACGAGACCAAGGAGCAAGUCAUGACCGCGGUGCGUGCACACUUCCGCCCAGAGUUCCUCAACCGAAUCUCCGCCACCGUUGUCUUCAACCGCUUGUCGCGUAAGGCCAUCGCCAAGAUUGUGCUCAUUCGCUUGCAGGAGAUUCAGCGCCGUUUCGAGGCGAAUGGCAAGACCAUUGCCUUGGAUAUGACUCCGGAAGCAUUGGAGUACUUGUGUCGCAACGGGUACUCUUCCGAUUUGGGUGCGCGGCCACUCAACCGUUUGAUUCAGAACGAGGUGUUGAACCGUUUGGCGGUGCUUGUGUUACGCGGUCAGAUCCGCGACAAGGAGACCGCGCGCGUAGUGCUUGGUGAGAAGGGCUUGGAGGUGAUGCCAAACCACGAGCUUGCCGAUGAGGAUAUGGAUGUGGAUGUGGAUAACUGGUCUGAUGGGGCGGACGAUGAUGAUGUGUUUUCCGAUACCCCUGACAUGGACUAAGUGUGUAGUUUAUCUUUUAAUAUUUAAGUUUGAAAAUGGCACUGUAGAGAUU